CUGGCAGAGCGACAGGAGUCUGGGCUUUGCGCUCCGCUAAGCUAACGCACCGGACUGGAGUGGAGAGGGCUUAUCGUCCUCUUCCUCCGGAGGGAAGUCGCUGCCUCUGAAGAUAGGUGCUCCUUUUCUUUGGAAAAGAUUGACGGUCUUAUCGCUUUCCUGAGGUUGACAUCCCCCAUCUAGCCGUGGGAAAGACCUCCGUUGUGUGUGUGUGUGAGUGCGUGUCUCUUGGCUCUAACACUGGGAGACAGCGCUGUUCACUCUCUGGACCAGAGAUACAGUGUCCACGUGCUUCCGCAGGUCAGGGUGACUCCAGGUCAAAGGGCAGUAAGCUGUAAGCACGGGAGCAUCUCCAGUAAGGCCUAUUAGGAGGAAGCAAAGCUGAGACCCCUCCAGUCUGUUGUGGGGGUGCACGGGAGGCAGCAUAAGCAUGUGAACCCCUUGGAGGAGCUGAGCUUUCUCGGUGAGGGGGCGCUUCAAGCCAUGUCAGAGGAAGGUGACGAGACAACGCUGGGAGAGAUGGAGAGCUACCACAAACUUCUGCAGACUGUGUCCCUGCUGGAGGGCACACUAGCACGGGUAAUGGCCCCCAUGAGCAUUAAAGAAGUGCAUGACUACAUGGAAAAGCAGGUUGCCUACCUAUCAGGGGGGCGUGGGAAGGAGUCCAGUGCGAUCGUAACCUUCCCAGAAUGCACUGCUUUCCGGGACAUUCCAGAUGAUGCCCUGGAUAAAGUCUUGAAAUACCUCACUUUUGCACAGCGAAUCCAGCAACCUGGUGUGAAGUUUGUAAUUAUUCUUGACCGAAGACUGGACACUUGGACCUCCAUUAAAAUUGCAUUGGCAAAGAUAGAGGCCUCCUUUCCCGGGAACCUCCACCUGGUCCUGGUGCUGCGACCCACCAGCUUCCUCCAGCGCACCGCCACCGACAUCGGCUUCCGCUUCAGCCAGGAAGACUUCAUGCUCAAGAUGCCGGUGAUCAUGCUUAGCUCUGUCACAGACCUGCUGCGCUAUAUUGAUGAGAACCAACUAACCUCAGAGUUUGGCGGCACCCUGGAGUAUUGCCAUAGCGACUGGAUUGUCCUGCGCACGGCCAUUGAGAGCUUUGCAGUCACGGUGAAGGAGAUUGCUCAGAUGCUGCAGGCCUUUGGAACGGACCUGGCUGAGACCGACCUGCCGGAUGAGGGAAAUGCCAUUGACUUUCUCCUUUUGUCCCACACCGAUAAAUACAGGCAACUGAAGGAUAACAUCAGGUCAGUGAUGAGACAGGGGCGUCACCUCCUCUCCAGUCUGGAGGCCUCGAGGACUGCAGAGGCAGACUCUAGUGAGCAGAGGGAUGCCAACCAGGACUGGGAGACAGUGCAGAGGCUGAUGGCCCAGCUGCGGGAUAUGGAGAUGGCCUUCGAUGAGUUCUUUGAGAAGCAUCACCUGAAACUGAAGCAGUACCUUCAGCUUCUGAGAUACGAGCAGAGCUUCCACGAGAUGGAGGCCACUCUGGAAAAACUGUCAUCACAAGUGAGGGAUAUUGCUAAUUUAGGAGCCACCGUGGCUCAGACAGAGCAGCUGAUCAAAGACCUGGACAAUCUCAACUCAAAAGCAGAGGAUGAGAUGGGUCGUGCUCAGAUCAUCAUCCUGCACGGACACCAGCUGGCUGCCAGCCAUCACUACGCUAUGGCGCUGAUCGUCCAGCGCUGCAACGAGCUACGUCACCUCUGCGACGUGCUCACCACCAACCUGAAGACCAAGCGGGCCGCCCUUAAUCGAACCCGGGACCUGCUCCUGCGCCUGGAGGAGGUUCUGCGCUGGUGCGAUGAGGGAGCCUACCUCUUGGCCAGUCAGCUGGUGGAUAAGUUCCAGUCCAAGGAAGGGGCGCAGGCCGCCCUGUGGGACAUUGAGAAGUUGCAGGAGAGGGCCCCCCCUCCCCUCAGUGCAAGCCCUGAUGUUCUCAGUCUGGAAUUUGAGUCUGUCCUCACCCAGCAGCUGCAGGCCCAGAUCGGGGCGGCCCACGACAAGUUCUCCAGCGUGCAGGGGAUGGUCCAGAACCGGCAGGCCUCCCUGCGGAAGCUGGCGGACGUGCAGGUGCGGCCCGUCCAGCUGGUGGCGCCCCGGCCGGAGAACCCGCCCCGCUCCAAGUCCCCCCUCUUCUCCCCGAAACACGGUGUAGACUUCAAUUCCAAGUUCUCCUUUGACCUCUCUCUGCCAGGCAAGAGGGCCUCUCGGAAAGGUUCCAACUCCAGGAAGAUAGAGGUGAUGCAUGACUACCGGGAGAAUCGCAGCUCUCUGUGCUACGGUGGGGAGGGAGAGGAGAGCUCGGACAUGCUCAAGCGCCAUGUAAUAAAGGAGUUGAUUGAAACUGAGAGAAUCUACGUAGAGGAGCUGCUGUCUGUACUGCUGGGCUAUCGCGCUGAAAUGGACAACCCCGCCCUCUCCGGCCUUCUGCCCCCCAUCCUGCGCAAGAAAAAGGAGAUCCUGUUUGGGAACAUGCCUGAGAUCUACAACUUCCACAGCAGGAUCUUCCUACAGGAUCUGGAGGGGUGUUUGGACACUCCUGAGAGAGUGGGAGCAUGCUUCUUGGAGAGGAAAGAGAAUUUCCAGGUGUAUGAACGGUACUGUCAGAACAAGCCUCGCUCUGAGUCACUGUGGAGACAGUGCUCUGACUGCGUAUUCUUUCAGGAGUGUCAGAAAAGGCUGGAUCAUAAACUGGGCUUGGAUUCGUACCUGCUGAAGCCAAUACAACGCCUGACCAAGUACCAGCUUCUGCUCAAGGAACUACUGAAGUACAGUGUGGGCUGCGAGAGGUUUUCUGAGCUGCAGGGGGCGCUAACAGCCAUGCUGAACCUCCUCAAGUCCGUCAAUGACUCGAUGCACCAGAUUGCUAUCACAGGCUAUGAGGGGGACCUGAGCGAUCUGGGCCGGGUGCUGAUGCAGGGCUCCUUCAGCGUGUGGAUCAGCCAUAAGAAGGGCCCCACGAGGAUGAAGGAGCUGGCGCGCUUCAAGCCCAUGCAGCGCCACCUCUUCCUGCACGAGCGCGCUCUUCUCUUCUGCAAACGGAGGGAGGAGCACGGAGAGGGAUACGAGAAAACGGCCUCCUACAGCUUCAAACACUGCCUGCGGAUGAGCGCGGUGGGGAUCACAGAGAACGUCAAAGGCGACGUGAAGAAGUUUGAGAUCUGGUACAGCGGCAGGGAGGAGGUGUAUGUAGUGCAGGCUCCAACAGUGGAAGUGAAGGUUGCCUGGCUCAACGAGAUCCGCAAGAUCCUCACCAACCAGCAGAAAGUGCUCCAAGACGAAUCCGUGCCUCCCUGCGCACUGCCGGAACGGUCCCGGCUGUCCCCGCCCCUCUCGGACAGUGUCUUGGUGUGCACCGCGUGGAGCCCCUCCCGCCUCUCUGGCUGCUCAGCUUGUUUUGAUGUCCCUCCUCACAGCAAGCUGCAGAGCGCCUCCUACAGCUCGGAGGAGACCGAGUCGGGCCGCACCAGCCCGGUCCUCACGGACCCGGUGGUCUUCUCCCCUCAGCCGCAGCUCAACCGCCGCAGCUGGCCAGGCACCUCUCAGUCGGUAGACUGCGACGGGCUGGAGGACUGGAGCGGCACCACGGAUCUCUCUAACCUGUCGGACAGCGAGGAGGAGGACGACGUGGCUCAGCUGAUCCGGGGCCGGUACAGGGCCACGGCGGAAAGUCAGUGCGGGCCCGAUGACCUCGUCAUCAAGUGCGGUGACGUCAUCCAGCUGUUGCAGGAAGAGGCCGAAGGGCUGUGGCUGGUGAAGAACGUGACUCGCUAUCAGGAGGGCCGUGUCUCAGUGGAGGACCUGCAGCUGAUUCUGGGAGAGGGCUGCAGAGCGCACUCCAGCCGGCUGGGAGACCCAGGGAAUCUGAAAACGAGGAAGCUGAGCUCUCCCUGAGGGACUGAAGCACCAAUGCCCUGCACUCCGCACUUACAUCAGGCUCCCGGGCCGCGGAGAACUCCGCAAGGUCAUCCUGCCAUUGGUCCGGUCAAAUUCACACCAGGUUCUUUAGUUAAAUUCCCCCCUCUUUAGUCGCUCUGAUUGGCCUGUCAGAGGCAGGGAACGCUUGCUAUUCAAAGCAGAAGAUCCACUUUAGGGGUAAAAAGCGAAGUGAAGACACAGUUCAUAUUCUCCUGAUUUCUCUUUGGGAGAGUGAGAUAUACCUUAUACCUAUACUUCAUACCUUUAAGCAGGGCAAUUAACCUGAAUUACUUCAACAUAUAUCCAUUUGUUAAAGCUGGUAGAUAAGAUAAAAAGUGCUAAGUUAGCCACAAUUGGUCAAGUAAUGCAAUAAAUGAAUAAUGUAAUGAAAUAUAAUGUGACCCCAUGACCACAUCCCUCCGAUCCUGCACCCUCACCCCAGGAAGAAGCCACCAGCUAAUUAAAAUAGCAGAGGAAAGGGACAUUUCCAUUAAUGUUAAUUUCCUGUUUCAUCCUCUGACCGGAGCCAACAGGGGCCAAUGCUGAACCCCAGAACGCACAUGGCAAAGACAGCACAAACUCCCCACUCCGAGCCAACAGAACUCCCAAUCACCACAUGCCUGGAACUGCAGAAGGACAGGCCAGCAUGGGUUCUGAAGGGUCAUGUGAACUGAAUCCUAAUUAACCAAGCACAUUUGCCACCCUGGUCAUGAUCGUAUUAUGGAAAAGAGUGACUGGAUUUCAGGCAUCUGGUCACGCUGUGUUUAACGUAUCCCAAGACAAAGCUAGCAUGCAGCUAGCUAGCGAGUUAGGACUGCACAUUACCUCUUGAACUGUACAACAUAAGCCUUGCUAUAGUGAACCAGAAGUCAUGUGGUUCUCCGGUGAGGAACAAGAAAUGGACACAGUUCCCUAGAAAUGUUUUAGGGAAGACCUUAAUAGUCUUAAUUAAGGACAAGUUUUUAGUUUGAUGCUUGACAUCUUCUGUUUUCCAGUAAUACAAUGGCCUUGCAUAUAUUUCACUUGAAUAUUAGUCUUGUCAAAAAUCAGUGAGCCAUGCCAUUUUUAAACUGUGUACCCAUCUCACUGUAGCUCCAUGUCUGGAUGGGACCUUCUUAUUACGGUGUAAAACGACUAAGAAUUUAUGUGCCAAAACAUGUUGUGCCAUCGUAUCAUUCUUAUGGUCCUUUUUGUUAAUUUAUUUUUAAUAUCUUUCUUCACUCGUGUUCAUUUUUCAGAAAUUGUGUGUACUUAAUAGCAGUUCUGACCUCAGAACUAUAUUUUAAAUGCACUUUAGUGGAGAAAGCUAAAUAAAGGUGGGGAAUAUAUACAAAUUUAUGCUUUGUAAAUAUAUUAGUAUGCAUCUGUGACUGCACUAGUUUCUAUGAGGGUUCUUUUCACAACAAUACAUAAUUAUCUGUACAUUGCAGUUCUCUGCGCAUACAACUGACAGUUUCCCAAAUACUUCACCUCAGACACUGUACAACACUGCUGUACUUUACAUGGCUGUGCUAGAUUUAUUAUACAGUUCAUUAGUCAAUAUUAAAUAGGUUAAAA